AUGGAAUCGGUACAUUGGAAAGGCGUCAAGACAACUCUUGGUGUGCUACGGACAUCUGUCAGCAACAAGGUUUUACACGAGUCUCAGUCGUCCUCCCUCCGCCUCCUAGCCUCUGAAGGACUGCUGCAGCAGCAGUGUCACGUUCUUUUGCUCUGCUUGGCCAUGGUGGCUUGCGCCUGCGCUGGCGGAUUGGGAGGUUAUGGUGUUGGAUACGGAGGCGGCUACGGAUUAGGCUACGGUGGUCUUGGCUACGGUGGAGGUCUCGGUGGAGUGGGCGUCGGCAGCAGCGUGGUUCUGCUGAGCGGCGGUCCUGGUUUCGCGAAAUCAGUGGCCGGACCCGCCUUCCUCGUGCGUACCGUGCACCACGUGAACAAGGUCCACGGCGGAGGCGCCAUCGUUGCCCACUCCGGCCUCGGAGGGGUUGGUGGUGGACUCGGCUACGGAGGCGGUCUGGGAUAUGGUGUUGGUCUUGGCUACGGUGGUGGUUAUGGAGGUGGUCUGAAGUACGGAGGAUACGGCCUGAAGGGAUGA